GAACCAAUAAAUUAGUUAGAGAGUGGUUGAAAGACAUCACGCCCAGAGAGAGAGAGAGAGAGAGAGAGAGAGAGAGAGAGACGGGGUUUCGUUUCCUUGCCUUCCGGAAUUACAAGAGGGAAAGGAUGAUGCACUCCGCCAGUAAAACCACCACGUUCUAUCGGAGAUGGAGAAAUCCAACUAAAAUCUUGAAUUUUCUGCGAUUCCGCAAGAAUUUUAGCACCAGCAAGGGGACUCCGGAAGAAGUGGGGCCGAGGCCGAGGGAGAGGGUGGAUUGCGUGGUGAUAGGGGCAGGAGUUGUGGGUUUAGCGGUGGCCAGAGAGCUCUCUGUGAAUCUAAAAAGACAAGUUUUGGUCAUCGAUUCUGCUCCUACCUUCGGCACCGGCACCAGCUCUCGCAACAGCGAAGUCAUCCAUGCCGGCAUUUACUACCCUCCUAAUUCACUCAAGGCACUUUUUUGUGUUCGAGGAAGAGAAUUGAUGUACAAGUAUUGCGAAAAACAUGACAUUCCCCAUAAACAGGUUGGUAAACUCAUAGUUGCUACUGGAUCAUCGGAGAUUCCAAAGCUGGACAUUCUGAUGAAUCGCGGGAUUGAAAAUGGUGUUAAUGGCCUAAGGAUGAUGGAAGGUUAUGAAGCCAUGAAAAUUGAGCCUGAGUUGCAAUGCAUGAAAGCUCUAUUAUCUCCUUUGUCAGGAAUAGUUGAUUCACAUUCUCUAAUGCUAUCUUUCGUGGGGGAAGCUGAGAGUUAUGGAACCACUUUCUCCUACAACUCUGCUGUAAUUGGUGGUCACCUUGAAGGAAAUCAGAUUUGCCUGCAUAUUUCUGAUAGCAAGACUCUGGAGAGCUGGGAUGGGAAAUCUCCGUUGGAGCCAGAGCUUAUACUCAUUCCUAACUUUGUGGUGAAUUCUGCUGGCUUGAGUGCCACCUCUCUUGCAAAGCAAGUCAAUGGAAUGGAUAGUGAAGUUAUCCCUGCUUCCUAUUAUGCUCGUGGUUGCUACUUCUCUCUAUCGAAUGCUAAAAUUCCCCCAUUCAGGCAUUUGAUUUAUCCUAUCCCCGAGGAUGGUGGCCUUGGAGUGCAUGUUACUCUGGAUUUGAGUGGCCUAGUCAAGUUUGGCCCUGACGUUGAAUGGAUAGAUGGUAUUGAUGAUGCCUCAAGCUUUCUGAACAAGUUUGAUUACUCAGUACGCGAAGAUCAUGUUUACCGAUUUUACCCCGAAAUAAGAAAGUACUACCCUAAUCUGAAGGAUGGAUCUCUUGAGCCUGGUUAUACUGGCAUCCGACCUAAACUCUCUGGUCCCAAACAGGGUUCUGUUGAUUUUCUGAUACAAGGUGAAGAGAUUCAUGGGGUACCUGGUCUUGUAAACUUGUUCGGAAUCGAAUCACCUGGUCUAACUUCUAGCAUGGCUAUUGCGGAGCAUGUUGCUGUCAGAUUGUCAAGAUUAUAGACCUUGCUUGCAAUGAUACUCUUACCCAAUUAAUUUUCAAAGCUCAGUGUUCUUGAAGUCCGAGGUGCUGAGAAUCAUAUUUUAUUAGUCAUAGAAGCCAAAUGCACUUUCAACAUUUCAAGGAUUUUUUUUUUUUUUUUAAGAAUGAAAUUACCAAAAAAAACAAAAAAACAUUUCAAGGAUUUCUUUACCCACUCCUUGUAGUCCAGUCCUCGGUUGUCUCUGUUUUUCUUGAACGGCAAAAGUCGGUAUUGUUAGAAUAAUUAGAUUAGCACCUCGGCAAAAGUCUUCGGUUGUCUCUGAUGUGGAUUUAUCUUGAAGGGCGGUAGCAGAACAUAGCGGGAGGCUAUGGUCCCCCGCUUCAUGGGAAGAUUACUAUUUAACCCAUGAUGUACAAUACUCGAGUGUAAUGUAUUGUUCAUUUUAUUCCCAUCAUGCCCCUCUACCCACCCAAAAACAAAGUUCUCAUGCAUUUGUAGUUAUUUUCUUAGUAUUUUUUUUGUUGGUACAUAGA